AUAGUAUACAAUCGUUAUAAUGAGGAACAAAACUUCUAAAUAAAUUUUAUAAUUAUAACAUAUUGCUCUUUUUACCAUAUUUAGACUAAACUCUCUUGUGUACUUAGGAAAAUAUCGUAAUCUCGUUAGUACUUUUAGUAUUUUGGGUAAAUGAUUCAUUUAAUUUACACAAAAAUUUAUAAAACCUUUGCAUUAUAUCGGAUUUUUAAUGUUUUACUAAAUUAAUCCAAAAUUUAAACUUUGUGUAUGUAAAAUAUUUCAUUGAUGACUCCCCAAUGAGUCAUCAAUUAAACAGUAAAAGCUUGAUAUAAAUUUAUAUGUAUUAUGGGUGAUUCGGUGCGUAUAACCAUAACUGGAGAUGAGGGGAUUGAUCCAUUCGCCGCUGAGAGAAAUCUAGAAAAUCUAGAUUUUGAGGCUCAAAGGCAGUUGAUAGUCAAUCUUAUUACUUCCAUGACUGAAAAUGUCAAGGAGAGAGAUAAAAUUAAGCGAGACAAAACAAGCCAUCCUCUUUCUCACAUUAAACUUUCUACUAAACUCGAGUCUCAAGUUCUAGCAGCCUACAACUAUUUGGACGUCCUAAAAAACAUAUAUAGUAAACUAGUGAGCAACAAAAAGAAGCGUGGCAAAUAUACUGAACAUGAACUUAAUUCCUUCGGUGAAACUAUAAAGAACUUGGACGAAAAUCUCCUGAACCUAGAAAACAUGAUCAGAUACAGGGCCAGCGCCAUGACCAGGAAGACGAGGAUGGAUCUUAACAUAAACUCUGUCCCCUUCGAUAAAUCUGCUCUUACAACUGAGGAGCAAAACUAUGUGACAGAGUCUAUAAGGCGUUGGAACGAGCGGGAUGAGGGUUUCGAUAAACAGCUCCAGGAAAUUGGAGAGGCAGUUGACAGAAUAGGCGAAGUCGCCAUUCAUAUCGGGGCCCGUGCCCAGGAUCAGGCCAAAGCUGCCAUGGAAGCAGUCGGGGAUGUUGAAAACACCACGAAAGGUGUCUCUGAAGUUACAAGUAAGAUCAAAAGGUUACUCAAGAGGCAGCGGAUGGUCGAAUGCUAUUGCCGGUUCGUUCUUGUUUUAAUCGUUCUGAUACUAUCUGGCGUUGUAAUAUACCUAGUCAUGAAAAGGCUAAAACAUAAAUAAUUUAAUAAAAU